UGUUCAUACCGGUAGUCUGUGUGGAACACAUUGGAAAAUAGUAAGUGCGUGCAUCUCGCGCCCAACGUGGUCACAAAAAAAGAGCCUUUAAUAGAUGCACGACGCGCUUUUAUAGUUAAAAAGACGGAUAUCACAACAGUUGCUGACAUUAUGAGCAAAACGCCUCCUAGCAGACGAGGAAUUAAGUUUGAGGUGGGCGCUGCUCUUGAAGCACGGGACAGUCUGAAGAACUGGUAUGUUGCCAACAUUGAGAAGGUUGACUAUGAGAGCGAGAAGAUCUUAAUUCACUAUCGCCAGUGGAGCCAUCGCUACGAUGAGUGGUUUGACUGGGCCAGUCCGUACCUGAGACCCGUGGAGAGGGUUCAGCUGAGGAGAGAGGGACGGCAGGAAGACAGCUUUAUCCCUGGAUUUCAUGUGAAUGAAAAAGUUCUUGCCAGUUGGUCUGACUGCCGAUUUUAUCCUGCAAAAGUCCUGGCUGUCAAUAAAGAUGCAUCCUACACUGUUAAGUUCUAUGAUGGUGUCAUCCAAACAGUCAAAGGAAUCCAUGUGAAGCCCUUCACCAAAGAGAGAAGAAAGAAACUAACUGCUAAAAAUGAAGAGAAACCCAUAGUAAAAAAUACAGAAAAGGACAAGAAAAUGCACGAAGUGAAUGAAGUCAUUGGCAAUAAACAAGCAGCAGGGCAAACUGAUCAUGUUCCUGAGGAGGAUGCAAAUGAGAUCUCAGAUUUGGAUGGAGAAGAAGAUGAACAGAAGAAAAGCAAUGGGAAUGGGACGUGCCUUGAAGUGGAAGAUGUAAGCAUAAAGGAGGAAUAUGAAGAGAGGAGCUUGGAGCGAAUAGGGCAGCACAAUUACAGCAAGUCAUUUAUGAAGAAGGUCUCAGGACCUGAGGAGAGAGAAGAGGAAGCCGCAGUGAAUAUGGAGCACUCUGUGGAGUUUGACACGGGUAUGAACUUUAACGAGGGGAUUGUAAAGAGAAAUGAGACAGAGGAAGCAGAAGUUCACGUGGAACAAAAAGAGGAGGAAAUCAAAGGAAAGUGUGUUCCUCAUGACAGAAAAUCACGGAGGCAGCGCAUAAGAAGGAAGAGGAGACUUUCAAUGACCCGAAGGAGCUCCAAAAAAAGCAAGACUGAUUCAGAAAAAAGUUUCCAUAGUAAUUGCAGGCCCGCCAGUCAAGGAAAAGGGUCAGACCCCCUACAUCUAACACAGUCGUCCAGUGAAACAGCAGUACCUAAAGCUCAAUGCCAGUCAGAAACCUUUAAGCCUACAGCAGUCAGAAAACAAGCUUUCCACAACCCCAACCGAUUCAGCAGAGAGCCAUUAUACAGAGUCAUCAGAAACCAGCCUCCACCGGUGCUCUCCAUCAACUUGGACCAUAAUCCAUAUAAAUGCAGCGCUCCUGGCUGUACAAAGUCUUUCCGCAAAGCAAAACUCCUGCACUAUCAUAUGAAGUACUACCAUGGAGAUGAUCGUCCGUUUGAACUGGACCAGGCCAAGGAAAUGGAUAAACACACCACACUUAAUAAUCAGGGCAGCCAUAAGAAGAGGUGUGUUGCAUCGCAUGAGUUUACGCAGAUGACUGUGAAGAGACGCUCUCUAGUGCCUCCUGUUGUCAGUGCACAGAAUUAUCAACAGUGGCCUUCAUUGAAGGACAAGACCAGAGACAAUCAGCUAGACAGCAGCAUGCAUAGACACUUCAACAAGGAAAGAGACAGGAGGUUCAUGGAAAUGGAAGGUGUGAAGGAACGUGAAAGGCUAAAAGAAAAACAGACUAGAGACUUCCUGCGAAUAAAGUUAAAGGAAAAGAAAAAGACGAGAAAAAACACAUCAGAUGAGGAUAGCAUUUCUGACUGGUCCUCUGACAGCUGUGGAUGGAGUGAAGAUGAAAUGGGUGCAGAUUUGGAAGUUAUUGCCUCCCCUCUCAGCUGUAGCUCUGUCGCCUCCACUACAGGAAGUCAGGAAACUGUUCGUUGUGUGUGUGAAGUGGAAGAGGAAAAUGACUUCAUGUUACAGUGUGAAGAGUGUCUGUACUGGCAGCAUGGAACCUGUAUGGGCCUCCUGGAAGAGAACGUUCCAGAACGAUACACUUGCUUCAUUUGCCGGGAUUCCCCAGGGCAGAUCAGAGGUCAGAGGCAGAGCCUGCGGUACUGGUAUGACAGGGACUGGCUUAGCACCGGCCAUAUGUACGGCCUCUCUUUCGUGGAGAACUACUCCCAUCAGAACGGCAAGAAGAUUGCAGCCACUCAUCAGCUGUUAGGGGACGUUCAGCAUGUGGUGGAAGUCCUCAAUGGCCUGCAGCUCAAAAUCAGCGUGCUACAGAGCCAAAGUCACCCAGACCUCAAGUUGUGGCGGCACCCAUGGAAGCUGAGUGAAAAAUCCAGGACGAAAAGCAAAGCUCUUCCAGAAACAAAGACAGUUUCUGCAUCAGCAUCUUUAGAAGCUGUUCAGCGUAAAGAGCCCUUGACUUCAUCAUUCCAGGACUACAUUAGCAGUGAGCAUUGUUACCAAAAGCCACAAACACUGUACCAGGUGUUGGACCCGAGGCUGGUGCUGAAGACACAUGUGGAGUCGGUGCUGGAAGACCGAUUGCACAACAUUGAGAGAGGGCUGAAGAAUGAACAACACUUUAAUGGAGAGAUCCAACCAGCACUACUGAAGACAUCUAAUACUCAGCUCUUGAACCACAGCAAGGAUGCAGGAGAGAAAUGUGAGGUGGGUGCUGAUGGAGGCAGAGUUAAGGGUGGAGUUCAGCAGCAGCAGCAGCAGCAGUGGAGGAUCAACCUGCUGGAGCACAUCGAGACCGUACAAGAAGAAGUUACUCACAGGAUGGACUUCAUCGAAAGGGAGCUUGAUGUGCUCGAAAACUGGCUGGACUGCACAGGUGAGCUGGAGCCUCCAGAGCCGCUGGACCGUCUGCCUGAACUCAAACACAGCAUCAAACAGCUGCUGAAUGAAAUGGGAAAGGUGCAGCAGAUUGCUCUGACUUGUGCCACAUGAGGGCGCCGGGGCAUACUUCACUACCGUCACAGGACUACCUCAGCUUGAUACAUUCCUAAACUAGGCCUCCAACCAAAGAGCCUAAAGAAUAAACUGAGAACCGUGUGCAACUAAACAUGCUGUGUUAUUCAGAUUGUGGAUGUGGAAUUAAGACAAUUAUUACAAUAAUUACACAACUUUAUCACCUCACUUAUCCUGUUCAUAACAAAUGUGAUUUACUUUUCAUCCUUUUCUCUUUCACCGUAAGGAACCAAAAAAACUCAACGCUACAAGGUUUACAAGAGAUGUCUCUGUCAUUUAACAAUGCACAGCAUCUACCGAUUUCUAAUAUUCUUACGCUAAGUCAUUAGAAAAUGUAACACAUGCAAAUACCAGAAAAGAACCAAAAGGAUUUUUGGUUCUUUAGAGUUAUGUUUAAGCAAAAAGCCUACUUGAAGGGUCAAAAAUGCAUCCAGUCUGUGCUCUUCAAAAGGCUGGUGAUCCUUAAGGCUGGUGAUCUUUCUGAGCUGGCAGACAUGUCAGAAACCUAAAUGGAAAAAAGUUAAAAUGUCAUCCAAUGUACUAUUUAACCUCUAUUUUCUAUUCAAGAGGUUGGGUUCAAAGUACAAUACAAAUAAUGACGCAGUCGUUGGUGUUCAACAUUUAAAGGAUCUCAUUUCUAGAAUGUUAAAAUGUUUUUUGAAUAUUGCAUAUUUAUAUCUGAACAACUGUGAAUAUAAUUACUGUAAUCAUCAUUACUGUCCUAUUCCUUUAAUCUUCAUGCAGCAAAUGUGAUCAGUGUCAACACUUCCAUACGGAUUAGCCAUAAAAUCUUAGCUCAUUUGCUAGGACUGAACCACCUUGCUGUUUGUCAAAAAGCAAAAAAACCCCAAUGCAUUUCAGUAUUGGAUUUAUAAUUACUCUAUUAAAUAUAUGCAUAUUGGCUAUUAUCGUUUAAUAAAUAUAUUUAAAUUCUGUCAUUAUGUGCUCAACUUAAUGUCUUUCCGAAACAGUAUGACUGGAAAACAGUAACCUCCCUCCCCACCCCCUCUUUAUAUUGCAUUGAUGGCUUGUUACAAUAAAAGCACGUUGUAUGUACACAGUA